UGCAAUAAGGGGCUUCUGCGCAUUUCGCUAUACCGUCGAGAUCGUGGAUGGAGGAGGUGGAAAGUCGAAGACCAAGGCCCACACGAAGGCCAGACUUUAACCCAAUACAAUAAAUCCAAUAUUAGUCAUUUUGAAAGAGCAAUUAUAAGACAUACAAAAUUCAAAAAAAAAAGUGACUGGAUCUUUGAACUAGAAUAGACUAACUGCUUUUUUUUAUCUGCCGUUAAAUAAUUUACUAUUGUUCUAUUUAAUUAGGUAAUUUUUUCUUACCUUAACUCCUAUUUAUGAUACCCUAGCAAAACAAACCCAAAAAGGUACACCCAAACAACAAAUUGCGCGCCUCUGGAGAAUCUAAUAGCAAUAUAUUACUUUGGCUUCACCCUCUGGAAAUAUAUAAGACACUUCAAGAGACGAUUUUGUCUUCUUUUGUUCUCAAACGGCCCUAAAUGCCGCGAUUUGUGUUGUUGUUUUCGGUUGGUCUGUGUUUAAUUUUGAUUUUUGGUGGCAAAUCGGAAAAAAUCGAGUUCAGAGCGAUUACUUUUAUUAGAAAUGGAUUGGAGGAGACUCUCGAUUAUAUUCGGACUAAUACUUAUAGGAGUAAUGUAGAUUGUGCAUUUGGAGUUGCCCUUGUGAAAGCUCUGAUCAAAACAAGCUAUAAGAAUGGAACCCACGUUAUGGAUAAUAGCUCUUUACGAAUUUUAGAAAAAUGCAAGAAUAUUAUUAAAGAAAGUAGCCUUAUCUUUGAAAACAGUAGAAGAAAUGGAAAUAAUUGGAAAUUUAAAAACCUCGUUGACACCAAUAUCUGGAACAAACCCAUUGACUACCACAAACAUGAGCUUCUGCCACAAUGGAUACAUUCGGAAAAUGUCAUUUUCGAACUGUACCACAAACUAGGAAAUCAGAAAAUUCACAAUUCGGAUGUUUGUUUGCAUGAAAUUAUUAACUCUACAAGAAAUUAUCAGCGUCAUAAAGUACCUUGCAUAGUUAGCAUAGCCUGUUGGAACACGUUUUUUAGAAAUGGAGAGGGGCAUGGAUACUAUUUAACUCACAAGUUACUGUUACUAGAAGUUGCUAAAGCUAGAGGAUGUAUAAUUAAUGAAGCAUUUUACGAUAAACAAGUUACUCAAAUUUGCUCAAGCAUAAUGUCUGAAAUUGUUGCUCUAAAAAAUUAUGAUAAAAUUCAUGAAUAUUUCGAUUUAUUUUUGGAACAAGUGUUACUUUGCGGCUACGAAGGUUUUCAAGAGUUCAUUCAAAGCAACUGGCUUUUUUAUGUACUGAAAUCUCAACGUCCCAGUGGAUGCUUUAGCGACGACUUAACAGAUAAGAAAAAGUCUAGACUUAGAAGGGACUUAACUUAUUUUGAAGAUGGCUGCAAUGAUCAUACUACUGCGCUUGGAGCAGCGGUUUUGGCUUUAUAUUAUAAUUUUGUUGUUAAUGAAGAAAAUUUACCUAUAAAUUAUAAAUAAUCUUAUAUCUGAGUAUAAUAAAUCUCAAGUUAU